AUGGUACAUCGAGAAUCUAUCCUCGAAAACUUCAAGGGACAGUUGGGUGGUCACGGUCAUCUAACACUGACGAUAGCAAGAGCAUCAAUGCAGCGAAGUUUGAGUUUCGGAGUUGAUGCAAUCAUGGAGCUUGAUGGUACAUUGCUUUUAGAUGAAAUAAUGCAAGCUAAAGAGCUUUUGCGUGAGAGGUAUGAUGAAUUGGUUCCUCUUUUAUCGAACCACCAGCAUGUAUUUCCAACGGAGCUCUAUACAUGGGAACACUACUUAUGGGCUUGUGAGUUGUAUUACUCAAAUAGCAUGCAAAUCAAAUUCCCUGAUGGAAAGCUGAAGACUUGUUUGAUUCCUGUCGCUGGUUUUCUCAACCAUUCUGUAUACCCACACAUAGUGAAAUAUGGAAAAGUAGACACUGAGACGAGUUCCUUGAAGUUCCCAGUCUCAAGGCCUUGCAACAAAGGGGAACAAUGUUUUCUUAGCUAUGGAAACUACUCUAGUUCGCAUCUGUUAACAUUUUACGGAUUUUUACCAAAAGGCGAUAACCCGUAUGAUGUCAUUCCCUUAGAUUUUGAUGUCAUUGAUGAUCAAGACAUUGAGACUGAUUUUUCGUCUUGGAAAACUCACAUGUUACGUGGGACUUGGCUAUCGAGCAAUCAUGACAUCUUCCACUACGGCUUACCUACUCCCUUGUUGAACCACUUGCGGAGAGCUCAUGGUCUUGUUCAUCAUUCUGAAACAGAUCUGUGGAAGAACUUGGAAAUUGAGAUGGAAGUACUCGGAACUCUCAGAUCCACGUUCGACGACAUGAUGCAAAACCUCGGCGAUGCGGAUUCCAUCGACAGAGAAAACGCGGAUCAGGAUGUUAAAAUGGUGAUGGAGUUCAAAGAGCAGCAGAGAAAGAUUGUCUCUUCCAUUCUUGAUUCAUGUUCUGCAGAUGAUCAAAAUUUCACAAGGGACAUAUCUCUUUUUGCUUAUUGA